AUGGCUGGAAUCAGUAUGGCACUAGCACCUGUCGAAAAUGCUACCGACUGUGAAAAGGAUAUCGUUCGUCCAGUUGCAAACUUCUCUCCUAGCUUAUGGGGUGAACAAUUUACCAAAUUUGCUUUUGAUACUGAGUUAGCACAAAAAUAUGUCCGGGAGAUUGAACGGUUAAAGAAUGAAGUGAGAAGCACGUUAACAGCUCCUGAGAAUACCUUGGUGCAGACGAUGAAUUUGAUUGACAUACUUGAGCGCUUGGGCGUAUCAUAUCACUUUGAAGAUGAAAUUGAAGAACUACUAGAACGUUUCUUUAAUCUCAACUCAAAUUAUGAAGAUGAAGCUUAUGACUUGUACACUGUUGCACUUCAUUUUCGUUUAUUUAGGCAGCAUGGCUACCGUAUAUCUUGUGGUAUCUUUAAGAAAUUCACAGAGGAGAACGGAAGUUUCAAAGAGACUAUUAAGCAGGAUGCAAGAGGCUUGCUAAGCUUAUAUGAAGCAGCAUACUUAAGAGUGCAGGGAGAAGAUAUACUAGAAGAUGCCAUUGCUUUCACAACAGACAACCUCAAAUCUAUGGCGCCACAUCUAAGCUCUACCCUUGAGAAACAAGUAGCUCAUGCCCUCGUGCAAUGCCUCCAUUUUGGGAACCCAAGAAUUGAGGCACAUAAUUUUAUCUCCAUCUACGAAGAAGAUGAGUCCAAGAACGAAUUGCUGUUGAGGUUUGCCAAAUUAGACUAUAAUUCACUACAAAUGUUGCAUAAACAGGAGCUCUAUGAAGUCUCAAGGUGGUGGAAGGAGUUGGACCUUGUUUCUAAGCUUCCUUAUGCUAGAGAUCGAGUCGUAGAAUGUUUUUUUUGGGCUAUGGGAGUGUAUCAUGAACCUCAAUAUUCAAUUGCUCGAAUCAUGCUAACCAAAACCAUUGCAAUGACGUCAAUAAUAGAUGACACAUAUGACGCAUAUGGUACAGUUGAAGAACUUGAGAUUUUUACGGAGGCCAUAAUGAGGUGGGAUAUUAGUGAAAUUGGUCGGCUACCAGAAUAUAUUAAACCAUUCUAUAGUGCUCUUCUAAAUCUUUAUGAGCAAUUUGAGGAAGAAUUAUCCAAAGAUGGAAGAUCUUAUGCAGUUCAUUAUGCAAAAGAAGCAUUGAAAGAACUUGUGAGAACGUACUAUGUGGAAGCGAAGUGGUUCAUUGAAGGAUACUUGCCACCAUUUUCUGAGUACAUGAGCAAUGCCUUAAUAACAUGCACUUACGUUUAUCAUACAACAACAUCAUUGUUGGGGAUCAAAUCUGUGACCAAGGAAGAAUUUGAAUGGCUAAACAAUAAACCUAAAAUUCUUAUGGCCAGCCUCAUAAUAUGUCGACUCAUUGAUGACAUUGCUACCUAUGAGGUUGAGAAAGAAAGGGGCCAAAUUGCUACUGGUAGAGGAAUAAUCUGCAUCAAUGUUGGAAUUCAACAUAUAACAGAAACGAAUGGAAUCAGCUACCUAGUGUAG